CACAACUUAUAUCCUGGAUCGAAUAUUUCAAUGUGACGUCACAAAUCACGUGGGAAGAUCAAACUGACAAACUGACAAUGGCGUCUUCACAUAUUUUGUCGGAGGAUUCAGACCUAUCUGGUGUCCACGACACUGGGAAAAAUGAAGGGAAUGCGACACGAAACGAGCAAACAUUCCUGGGCGAGGAAGAGUUUGAGAUAAAAACUGCCACAGAUCAAGAGGAUCUUGGAACGAAUGGCGAUGACGUGGAUAUAAGUCUACGAGGCUACCAAGAGGAGUUAGCAAAAGAGGGUUGUGAGGGAAAAAAUGUCAUAGUUGUUGCUCCAACGAACUCGGGCAAAACCAGGGUAGCAUGCAGAAUUAUGCAGGUUCACCUAAGACAGAAAACAGCAGAACAAAAGAAUGGUCGUAUUUUAUUUCUUGUCGAAAACGAAGCUCUAGCCAUUCAGCAAGGAGAAGUAUGUGCAGAACGACUCCCAACUUACAGGACAAAGGUGUUCAGCGGAAACGUCCACAGGCUAAAAAAGCAAAUGCUCUGGGAUUUCCUUGAAAGAAGAGACAUCUUUGUUGUAACGGCACAGAUUCUGUUGAAUGCUUUAAGAGCAAAGAAAAUUGAAAGCGUCAAAGAAUUUUCUCUGAUUGUGUUCGACGAAUGUCAUCACUCAAACAAACAACACAUGUAUAAUGAAAUUAUGAGCCGAUAUCUUGACCUAAAAUUACGGGAGAAAAUUGAGUCUUCUGAACUGCCCCAGAUUGUAGGGCUUACUGCAUCUUUGGGCGUUGCUGGAAAAACAGAAUGGGAUUCGGGAGUAAAUCAUAUGAAGAAAAUAAUGGCAAACAUGGAUGCAAAGGUUCUCUGUACUGUUAGGAAGCCAGAAACAAUUGAGGAAUUGAAACUAUAUGUGAACCCGCCGGUUGAAGAACUAUUACCCGUACCUGGAAGACAUGUCGACUUGUUCAAAAAUGCUGUAGAGAAAAUAGCCAAAAACAUGUUCGACUAUAUGGCACAAGCUUCAGCUGUACGGAAUGCUGCGUCCGAUGACAAAUUUAUACAGACGACAUGCAGAUUUCCAGCAGCAUUUGGAACCGAAAAAUACCUGCAAUGGAAUGCGGAUUUCGUGAAAGCUAUCGCCAAAGUCCAAUCAGAAGACAUCCGCCGAGUGGUAAAUCCUUGUCGAAUACACUUAGAGAAUUACAACAAAGCUUUAAUGAUUCAUCGUGAUGCACGGAUAAAAGAUGCAUUUGAUAUUAUUCGUUCGUAUGCAGAACUUCGGGAAGAAACAUUUGCCAACGAACCAGAAAACCCCAAAUUGCUCAAACUAGAGGAGAUACUGUUAAGGGUCCUUUCCAAUGACCAGAAUGCCCGAGGAAUCAUAUUUGUGCGAACAAGGGAGUUGGCACAAGCAUUGGUUAAAUGGGUGAACGAAACAGAUAGUUUGAACGGACUAAAUGCUUCCGAAUUCGUCGGACAAGGUGUUUCAGCUUCAGUUGGAGGGAUGACAAAGAGUGGCCAGAAAGAUGCGUUGCAGUUCUUUAGGGAUGGACAACACCGACUUCUUAUUGCAACGUCUGUAGCUGAGGAGGGACUUGAUAUAUCUAAAUGCAACCUUGUGAUUCGCUAUGAGCAUGUCACUAAUGAAAUCGUCAGACUUCAAUCUAGAGGGCGGGCAAGAGCAGAAAAUAGUCUGUACUAUGUUAUUGCGGAGGAGGGCUCUUGGAUUCUGGAAAAAGAAGAAAAGAAUCGGCGAUGUGAGGUACUUAUGAAUCAAAUCGUUCCCUAUCUACAAUUGCUCAUUGAAGACCCUGCAAACUUCUGGGAGCGGGAGCUCUUAGAAAUUCAAGAAAAUAUGAAACAAGAGGAAGAGAGACAAGCUCAACAGAGAACGCUGCAAAUGGCAGCUACAGGUGCCCGCUUUGAAUGCUUCAAUUGCAGUUCCUUUAUUUGCUUGUCUGACGACAUUAGAGUCAUAAAAGGGGCACAUCAUGUUAUCAUUGAUGAAGAAGCAAAACGACAUCUUACUCUCAAAGAAGGUGCUCCUACCUUUACUGAACCAGAAGGCGCCGAAUAUGGAGGGAUUUUGUAUUGCGCAAAUGAGGAAUGUCAACGGGAACUGGGAUCGGUUUGCACUUACAAAUUCGCUGAGUUUCCAUUGGUAGGGCUCAAGAACUUUAGGGUUGUUGAUCAAUCUGGAAAAGGCCGCCAGUUCAAGAAAUGGAAACAGGUCAAUUGCCGAAUCGAGGAGUUUACAUUUGAAGAGUUGGAUGCUGUUGUUGCCGAAAGACUUGCCAUAGUGUAGGCUAGGGGCAUUUUGCAAAUGUUUUGUGAAAUAACCAACGAACUGUACUAAAUCUAGUUACUAGUGUUCGAUGCCCUUUAAAAUACUUUAUCAAAAGUAACAAUGUUGUUGAUUCUGAUGCGAUGGUAUUUGCGUUUUAAAAUGUACAUAUGCUUCUCUUAAACACUGAUUUCGCUUUUUGUUGAAGCAGUGUGUUUGUUUUAAUUUCGAUCAAUUUUAUUGUGUUAAAUUAAUAUCUCUAAAAUGAUGAUGUUGGUACUCAUGAUAGCUUCACAUAUUAAUGUCAUGCAAUUUGAUACCUUGUACAAUAUAGCGAUCAUGCCUUUAUAUAGUGAUAGUGUGAUUGGCAAAGUAUCAACGUAGUGGUAACAGUAUGACAUAAGGCUUAUAUUUUAACCAUUGUAAAUGUUGCGACAAGUGUGAGGUUAUGCGCAUAUACACUUGUUUAAACCCCCGUUUAACUCAUGACCCAGUGAACUCGUGCUUCUGUGAUCUAAGGCGGUAAUCCAAUCAUUCAUUGAGUAAGCGAUUGUAAUGUAUGUUUGUAGUGUCGGUACAUUUUCGUCUCUCGUUCAUUGUCGUUUUGGCCCUAACUCUAUCCUGUAAACAGGAUUUAUACUUCAUGUUUGUACUACUGGGCAUCGUCCUUCAGUUUUCAUUGUAUAAUGUCAAAUUAUAGCAAGGUAUUGAUUUUGUUAAGAAAAACAACACCCCGUAUUAACUGAACGUUAUUUCUUUAAAUGGUACUUGUGUUUUCUUUUCCAAAAAGAGUCAUAAAUGCGCGUCAUUUUGUUGUUAUUUAAACCUUUAUUUGACUGCCUUUUUCUAAGCCUGAGCCAAAACAAUUCGUGGGGCGAAUGCCUGAAUGUACCAAACCUUCUCAAUCAACAUGUUUAAUUAUCUAGGUACUUUAUUGCAUUUAUACCCCGAACAUUUCUCUUUAUUUUGUCUAGAAGAAGAGUUUGUUACCUAAACUAGCUUCUUCAUGUAUGUAAUGCAUACAGAUAAAAGGUACAGCAUACCGUCCAUGUCUAGUAUGAAGUGAUUCCCCCAUCUAUAUAAUGCAUAUACAUACGGGGUACAACAUACCGUUUAUGUCUAGUAGCUAGUGAUAGUGCUUAAGAUGUCCGUUAUACAAAUACGCUUGUCAUGACAAUAAUGUUAAAUGUUGAUGCCUGUUGACACAUUUAAUGUUCGUGUCAUUCUGAAUAUGUAAAUUUGUAAACUUAAUGUUGUUCUACAAUCAUUCUAGGCCAAAUAUGUGUGUUUGUUAUUUUGUUCAGUAUAUUUAUUUGCAUAUUCUUUCUUUACACAUCAAACUUUUUGAAACGAUACAACUUUAUUUUAUUUUUAUUUUAUUAUUGAUGAAGUCAUGUGUUUUGUCGGAAUUGAAGUACGUUUGUCGAGCUCGUUAUAACGGACGUUUUAUUUCAACUUGUUGUUUGAAAACAUUUGAUGUAUUUAAAAGGCAAAUCUGUGGUUUUGUAAUAUGUUGUUGAUUGAUAUUUUCCAAUAAGCGAAAUGCAUUGCCCAGAGACUCGAAACCGCCAAUAGAUGAUUGAUGAAUGCUUGCUAAGCUAAUUUAUUUGUUUAACGUUCUGUCAUAGUUUCAAUAGAUAGUUCAUGAUUGUUUUGAUUUAAUGAUAAUUCAUUGUUUCACAUUAUCUUUAUUUGUCUAUGAAAGUAUUUAUACAUUGCAAUGUUAUCAGUAUUUAUUUCUCUAUUAAGAACAUUCAUAUAUUGUCUGUGAUGGCUUUGUCAUUUUAUGUCAGUACUUUAAUAACUGUAUUUAUAUGGAUAAACGUCGUGGAUGUAGUAAAGCCUACCGUUA